GGGCCUCCCUGCCUCACCUACACCUGCCUUUUCCUGAAACGAGAGACAGAGAGGUGGGACUCACGGGGGAACUACAUUGUCCAGGCUACCAAAGAAAUCGCAGAUAAAAUCUACCACAUGGCCCAAUACCUGAAGCGGAAAGGACCGAUACACAGCAAAGAAGCCUUUGUGUCCUCAGCGAAAACCAUAGUUUCAAGCUGCCAGUCCAUCACACAGUUCCUGAAAGUCAUCGCCGACCACUGCUUGGACAAGCACUGCGCUGCCGACCUCGCUCUAGUGGUGGAGCAGAUACUGACCAUUACCAACCAGCUCACUAUCAUUUCUAGUGUGAACGCACUGACCCCUGGCAGCAAGUCUUCAGACGAGUCUCUGGUGAAGAACGCUCAAAACCUGCUCCAGAUCGUCUUGAAGGGAGUCCGUGCAGCUGAAACAGCCUGCAUUAAGUUGAGUGUGCCAACUGGAGACUCCUCUCUUGAAAUGUGGCAGGGCCUGCGGCAGCCAGAGCCCAACACGAACGCAGCCAGAGCCGCAGCCUUGUGCUUCCAGUGGAAAAAGAACCUGCUGAUCCACCGGGCGCUGGAGAUCUCCAACCCGGAGACGGACGACCUGGGCCUCCGCAAGACCUCCCCUAGCUCGGCAGAGCCAAGCCUGGCUCCCCCGCUGCACGUGCUGGGUCAGCAGAACAAGUAAAGGAGCAGGA